GAAGAAGAGUAAGAGGAAGAAGAAGAAGAAACGUGGCUGCCUACUUGAUGAAAGCAUGCUGUCUAUGGCUGCUUAUGGUCUUCUUCAGUUUUAUUCGCUCGGCCAGCACGCGGUUCGGUUUCCACGUUCACUCGUACACCGUAAACCGGUGGUUUAAGAGCGUCAGCAUGUGUAAAGAGCUGAAGACGAGAGGCGUGCGGCUAACGUUACCAGCGCAGAGCUCCGUUGAUCUGAGCUCACAACAGCAGCAGGAGUGGACAGAGAUCCUGAGGGCCACAGUCACGGCUCUGAAGGACGGGCAGGUCGUGGCCGUCCCCACUGACACCAUCUACGGUCUGGCCUGUGUGGCCCAGGACUCAGCGGCCGUCAGGAGAGUUUAUGAUAUCAAAGGAAGGAAUGGAGACAAACCUCUAGCCAUCUGUGUCGGAGAAAUACAGGACAUCUACAGGUUCUGUUCGGUGUCUGUGAAGGAGGAGCUGCUCAGAGAUCUGCUGCCUGGACCUGUUACACUCGUUCUGGAACGAUCCUCCACACUGAAUGGAGACCUCAAUCCCUUUACCAAGCUCAUAGGGGUUCGUAUUCCAGACCAUCCGUUCAUGAGGCGUCUCUGUCAGAUGUGCGGCGAGCCUCUUGCUCUCACCAGUGCUAACGUCAGCACACAAGCCAGUACAGUAGCUGCUAGCGAGUUUGAGGAUCUGUGGCCCAGUCUGGCUGUUGUGGUGGAUGGUGGUCCGAUUGGAGAUAAAAGCCGUUUGGGUUCAACAGUUGUGGAUCUGUCUGUGUGUGGCAGAUACCGUAUAAUCAGACCGGGAUGUGCUCUCUCUGCUACAGUUCAGGUACUUGAGGGCAAGUAUGGACUUCUGGAGGAUCCUGUCAAUCAGUGAGACUCGAGCACAGCACAAACCCGCUGUAGGUCAAAGUCAGCCCAGAGAACUGUGUGCCAUUCUCAGUAAUGGCUCUUGAGGGUCUGAUUUUUCAAUGGGGUUUUCUUCCCUCUCUUCUUUUCAGAGAAUUGAGUUUGGUGGAUCUUCUGAAAUGAUCAUCACACUCCACAAACUCAAUUUCUCAGGUUCUCAUGCUAAAGACGCACAUUUUUCUUCUCAGUCCCAGUUGGCCGUUUGGUUCCUGAAGACUCAUUUGUGGAGUGGUUCUUCUAUUGCAGUGACCUCUACACCACUGAAGCGCAUUUGGGGAUACACUUAUGUUGGGAAUAUUAUUUUGGGGAUUUGAUUUGAUUUGAUUGGUUUGUUAUAGUACAUUAAUAGUUUAUAUUCAAGGAUUUUGUUAAUUUGGAUUUUAUUUAUUGCAGUUUUAAAUGUCAAUUUUUCAGGUAUCACCUUCUCUCUGACAGAAUCAUUUGUCUUUUUAUCAAAUAAAAAAACUAAAUCUGA